UGCGGGUGUAACACAAGGUGCAGCCCUCACAACUGUCUGUUUUGAUGAUAAUAAUGCAUUCUAAUUAUGUGAUAAAGUACAUAUUUGUGUAAUAAAAAGAUACGGGGCUCGACACGCGUAACGUUAAAUGUAGCUAGCUGUCCGUAGGCUAGCAGAGGACACUCUGCCUGCGAAAACGACCCAGGAAAGAUAAACGGUUUUCACCUUGGCUUUUGCUCUCAGUCCUGCCGAGUGUCCAAAGCUCAAAGUAGAGGCAGCAACUUGGGGCUGGUCACCAAACAGCAGGAAAACGACACAGUGGAUUUAACAGUUUCUUGGUUUAGGCAGGGAAGAAGAUGAGCGGCCAUAAACUGCUGUUUUCCGGGUUAAAGUUGUGGACCUCAGGAAGAAGUAGCUGGAUAAGUCGACUUAAUGAUGUCUCUGCUGAUUCUGUAGGUAUAAAUGAGCGUGGAAAGGCAUCUUUUUCCUCUUGCAGCCCAAAGGUGUGUAUUGUUGGAAGCGGCCCAGCAGGUUUCUACACGGCACAGCAUUUGAUCAAGGCCCGUCAAGAUGUCCAAGUGGACAUUUUUGAGCGACUGCCCGUCCCCUUUGGCCUGGUCAGGUUCGGGGUGGCACCUGAUCAUCCUGAAGUCAAGAACGUCAUUAACACCUUCACACAGACAGCCAAACAUUCACGCUGUAGCUUCUAUGGUAAUGUGAAUGUGGGAAAGGAUGUGAGCGUUAAAGAGCUUCAGCAAGCCUACCAUGCAGUCAUACUGAGUUACGGUGCAGAGGGAAACAGGAGUAUAGGAGUGCCAGGAGAAGACUUGGCCGGUGUGUACUCUGCAAAAGACUUCGUGGGCUGGUACAAUGGGCUGCCCAACUGUCGAGAGCUGUGUCCAGACCUGAGUUGUGAAAAAGCAGUCAUUCUGGGUCAAGGCAAUGUGGCCUUGGAUGUAGCAAGAAUCCUGCUCUCUCCCAUUGACAUAUUAAAGAAGACAGACAUCACGCAGCCGGCCUUGGAGGCUCUGGCAGAGAGCCAGAUCCGAAGGGUGCUGAUUGUUGGCAGGAGGGGACCCAUACAGGUCGCCUGCACUAUCAAGGAGCUUAGAGAAAUGGUGAACCUGCCAGACACCAGACCUGAGAUGGUGGCGGCUGAUUUUGAGGGUGUCACAGAAGCUCUUAAAGAUGUGCCGAGGCCCAGGAAGCGUCUGACUGAGCUGAUGUUGAAGACGGCCCUGGAGAUCCCAGGAGAGAAGGAGCAGGAGAGGCGAGCCAAGGCCUCCCGCAUCUGGGCCUUCCGAUUCUUCCGGAGCCCUGUUGAAAUCCUGGCUGACCUUGAACACAACAGAACAGCUGGCAUCCGACUGGCGAUCAACAGGCUGGAGGGUUCAGGUGAGGGAGCCCGGGCAGUGCUUACUGGAGAGGUGGAGGAUGUGUCCUGUGGCCUGGUCAUUAGCAGUAUCGGCUACAAGAGCCUCCCUAUCGAUCCAUCAGUGCCGUUUGAUUCCAGCAAAGCCAUCGUCCCGAACAACUUGGGCCGUGUUCAACAAGCUGCAGGUCUAUAUUGUAGUGGCUGGCUGAAAACAGGCCCCACUGGCGUGAUAGCCACCACUAUGAACAAUAGUUUUGACACUGCACGGUCCUUGAUGGAGGACAUGGACUCGGGAACGUUGGAUGUAUCUGUUGCCAAGCCUGGUUCACAAAGCAUCUGUGCUCUACUGGAAAAGAGAGGAGUGAAACCAGUGGUUUUCUCAGACUGGGAGAAGAUUGACAGUGAGGAGACGAGGAGGGGAGAAGCCAUUGGAAAACCCAGAGAAAAACUAUUGACUGUAGAGGAAAUGCUGCAGGUGGCUCGAAAAUGACUGAAGACAAGACAACAACAACUGUUUACAGGUGAACAACGGACACUGACUAACUGCUGCAGAAUAAAAUAACAGCAGUAACCAUAUCAGUGGGGACCUCAACAAAUGACCAUCAUUGGCACAGAAAAGAAAUGGCACAAUGGCAUUAUGAAGCACUCACCAUGGACAUAAUUCAUAUUGUACACAUGGUACAUGUUUAAAGCUUGUAAGCUAGUAGAUAGUUUUCCCCUGAAAUUAUUUGUCUCUUAUUUGUGUUUUUCAGUUUUUACCUUGUUCAUCAAUAUCAAUCUUAAGCACUGAAAGACUACAUUGUUGUUUUCUGUUGCACUAACCUAAAAGAAAACAAAACUCUAAUGGAUGCUACCAGUAAUUAGCUUAUUGUGUACUGUAAGUUACAGUACUUUGUUGAAGAGCAAAAACUAUGUGGUGUCUGAAAUAUGUUUUUAUAUUUAAUACAAUUGCAUAUAAUGACCUGA